GGAACACUCGUAUCCGAACUUCCUGUCUGCUUGCUCCUCCUCCUGAAGUGUCAAAAUUAACAAUGGCAGCCGAGGGAGAUUUUCUGAUGCGCUACCGGGCGGUGUCAAAUAAACUGAAAAAACGUUUUUUGCGGAAGCCUAAUGUCGCUGAAGCAAGUGAACAGUUUGGUCAGCUGGCCAAGGAGCUCAAACAGCAAGACUGUCCUCAAUAUGCUGCCUUCUGUAAUCUCGCCAUGGCCCGCUGUGAGCAAACCCUGUUCAAUGCUCCAGGAGAAGCCCUGGCACUGACAGAUGCAGCCCGACUCUUUCUGGCCUCGGAGCAGGAAACCCGAGCGCUGAGGGCUCCCGGCUUCGAUGAGAAUAUGCAGGCAGCAAUGAACUGCUAUAGUUUUGCUAUUAAGGUCUAUAUUGAGAUGAAUCAGCCUGUUAUGGCGUCCAGUCUCUCACUGGAGCUUGGCAAUGCUCUGAAGGAGAUGAACAGACCCGGGGAGGCGAUAGUUCAUUUCCAGAGAGCCGCGGAACUGCAGAUUCAGACUCCAAUUGAGGCCCUGCUGUCACUGUGGGAAAUGGCCUCCUGCAAAAUACUGACCCGCGAUUACGAUGGCGCUCUUGCUGUUCUCUCUGAGAUGCAGCACAUGUGUCAGGAAAGAGGACUACAGCUACCCGGGACAAACACCCCUGUCGGUGCAUUUAUGGAUAUCAUAGCAAAGUGUGAAAUCUCCAGGGUAUUACUUCUUAUGCUGCUUGAGCCUCCCCCUCAAAAGCUGUUACCUGAGCACGCUCAAACACUAGAGCGAUACGCCUGGGAAUCCUUCGACUCACAUAGUCAGGUAAACUUCCUUCCAGAAAAUGUGUUCCUCCUUCUGCAGUCAGUUGUGAUGGCCUGUCAGGAAAAGGAUACAGAAUCUCUCAAGGCACUCCAGACAGAACUAUGGCCACUCCUUUCGGCAGAACAGAAUCAUCUCCUCCACUUAGUGGUUCAGGAGCGAAUUACACCCUCGGGUCAGGGCAUAUGAUUCAGUGCAAUACACCCCCACAAAACAGUUCUUAUUGGAACAUUCCUAUGCCAGUGCCUGGUGCAUUUUGCAUGAGGACUGUAGAAGGUCACUGAACCUACCAGAGCUGUACAUACACGCAUGAAAAUUUCUCUAAUAACAGAAGUUUUCAUGUCUCCUAUACAAACUCGCUUUAGUGAUUUGAAUGUAUAUUUUAUUCUCCAUUUAUAUAGUGGUAAGAUAUUGUGUUGAAAAGGCAAAUGAUUAUGUUGAAGUUUAUUUAAAGUUGUAAAAUAUUGAUGUUGUAAAUAAUAAAAUAACAAGAGCAAUUCUUAUGGCGAGGUUUUUAUUUGUGUGAUUACUAAAAUUAAUGUCAUCCCUGGUUUACACUGUUUGGCUUUGCAUUGAAAAAAUAUCAUCCUUUCCAUUUACUGUCAUACUGCAACAUAAAAAUACAUCUAGAGCCAGCUAAAACUUUAACCAAACAAAGUAAGCAGCAACUGAAUAGCUCGGAUGUCCAUAAGGAGCUUUUUCCUUGAGCGGAUGUUGAAUAAUUACUCCCAUAAAACUAUAAAUACAUAUUGACAUUUUAAAAAAACUAACAAAAGCAUUUUAUAAAUUCUUUUGGAACAUUCUGUGCUCUAGAAUUUUACAAGGUGAUCAUCUGACCACAUCAACAAUCAUUCAUCAUCAUGCUAAUCAAAAAUGGCUGGCGUAGCAACAGGGCCCAUUUCAUUAUCAAGAAAGCCUUUGUCCACACAGAAAUUGCAAAUAAAUAUGUCGGCAGAGGGUCUGUACAAUGCAAUUACAAAAGGAUUGUGUAUUCAGAAGUCUACACGAUCAAGUGAGUGAUCCACAAAUUUGAACAGCACCAUAAUGCAUCGCAGUAACAAAGAUUUGACCCUUAUCUUGACCUAGAGACUAUCCUGUGCUAUUGCCAUCUACAACAUAAAAAAAAAAAAUCGAUGGAAAUGAAAUAAAC